AUGGCAAUCUCUAACUUUCUAAACCCAAGCGAUGAAGAAGAGGAUAUACAAGAUGGGAUACUAAGCCAGGACAAAGUCCUACAGGAGGUUAUUGAUGAGCAUUUAGGUCUUCAGCAAACUCAAGAUGAUGAUGAAGAAGAGUUGCAAUUAGAGCGUUCUUUACAUUCUGUGAAGAGUGCUUGUCAAGCACUACAGGUUCUGAUUGAGUUUACUGAAGAACAAGAGGCUCUUCAAUCAGACUAUUUACGAGGCCUUGAGCAUUUAGAAUUUGCUCUUGAGGCAUUAGAUCAAGAGUCACGGGUGCAGACACUCCCUGGUCACCACAAGGCUGAAAUGGUGAGGCUCGGAAACCCAGAUCAAAGUGUUAUAUGCACGGAAGAAGAUUCAUACGAAGAUAGUAAAGGAGCAAGAGAGAGAAGAAGCAAGAGAGAGAAGAGAGAGAACCUUGAGUAUAAGCUGCAGCUCUGUUUAAAGGGCGCAAAGAGCUCGUGGUGGUGCUGUAGGUCGAGGGGUACUAUUAUACUUCGAAUUGACGCCCUCCAUCCCCAAUUAGACGCAACGGCGAUGACGAGAUCGUAG